AGUUCGUGAACUUGCUGUGUUUCUCAGGAGGUCAAAAAUCGCUGUCUUUUCUUGUCUUGUAUUUGGAAGGUCCCAUUGAUCUCUUGGUCUACUUUGUUGCUUUCUUGCAGCUUCUAACUCGGAUCUCUUACAGAGAAGCAGAACAAGAUCGGUCAGGAUGGGCAGUUUUCUUGGAAAAACGAUGGACGAGAACUUGAAAAAAAAUCAGGAGUUCAUGCUGAAAGCACAACAGUUGCAAAUGGAGAGACAGCUCGCAAUGCAGAAUGAGAUGAGGGAACGGCAGAUGGCGAUGAUGAUUGCACGUUCCAGGGACUUCUUCUGGUACUGGAUGACCUUUAACACUCUGGCUACUGUUGGGCUGACAGCUGGAGCUCUCCGCACAAGGAGGUGGGGACUCCUGGCUCCUCUCGUGCCUCUGGGGAUUGUAACAACCUACCAGUGGGAUCUGGCCUACGGGCCAAAGAUCGAGAGAAUGAGAGAAAUGGCGGACAGAAUUCUGGAUGAGGAAGCUGGAUUGUUGGAUUUGCCGCAUGGGAUGCCGACGUUCGCAUCUGUCGAGUCGGCCAGACUGAAGCAAAAGUCGGACGAACCGUACAAGCCAGGUCAUGACAUCUUCCUGUGAACGCUUCCUGGGGAUCCAGUUGCCUUAUACUUAUUUAUCUCACUCGAAAAGUUCAUAUCAUCAUUCAUUUCUGUAGCUUUCACUUUCAGCAUUCUUGGACACCAAAGUUUUCAGUAUUGUGAAGAUUUUAAUGUCAUGAUAUUCAGACUUGUUGUUUUGUGAUAGACAUUAUACAUGUAUAAAUGAUGAACUGUAGUGAGUUUGUAGAUACAUUUAUAUAUAUUUAUAAGUAGAAUAUAUACCCUAUACAAAA